AUGCCGUUUCAGCGCGUUAUAAAAAACUACCUGGUACAAGCUGGUCACUCCCCGAGCUCCAUACCUGUUGAAGAAUGGACAGCUAAAGGAAAGCUUCGUGGUCGCCUUAACACUAGCCCAAAACAUGAGGCAUUCAUGUUGGGGACACCAAAAACCAAAGGAUGUAGUACAGGUUAG